UAAUUUUUCUUUUGAUUUCUGGUAGAACCUGUCUCCAGUGUUUUGCUCUGGCUUAAUUUUAGCUCACCUUCCUGUGUGUGAAUUGAUCAAGGAGUCAGAGAAACAGAUAAAAUGUUAGGUUUGAAUUUUGGUGAACCUCAUGGGCUACCUUUGAGAUGAGAAGAACGUUGGUUUAAAGCCUUUUGAAAAGUUUAUGUUGUGGUUGGUUAAUACCAUUGUAGCCUUUAAUGCAUUUCCUUUUGAAGGGACAAUUGUUUUGCAAGCAGACUAAUCCCUGAACUUAUAAAACCUCAACAAGGUGUUGUGUGGUAUUAGUGAGUCACUGAUGGUGAGUCAUACAAACUUCAAUACAAAUAAAUUAAUUGUUUCGUUUACUUUUGUUCUGGUAAUAUCUGGAAGGCCCAGAGAAGGAUCAUGACCUUGUAGAACUGGGAGUUGUAUAAAAGAACACACAGGAAGACAGACCCUGAGCCUUUGUAUGCUCUUUUCUAUCUCAGCUUGCAUUCAGAUUGCUUUACCAACAUGAAUAAAAGUAUGUGUGUCUUAAACUUUCUAAAAUUGAAAUUAAAAUGUUUAUUAAUGUAAUGUAAACAUUUUAAAAUUAAAUUUAAACAUUUCAGCCUUGUACAAUUUGACAGGAUAAAUAGUCAGUGUGGGGUUAUAUGGGUUAUACCUCCCAGAAAGAAACAAUAGGGGCCUGAGCUUGGUGGCAAAUGUACAUCUCCAUAUCUAGUCCUGGAAAAUGAAGUUUCCUUGAAUUCCAGUCCAACAUGUUACUUGCAGAAAAUGCAUUACCAUUAAAUUGAAUUAACAUUCAUUAAUUACAUUACUACAUUUAGUAAAGGUGCUUUUAUGUUUUAAUUUACUUUUCUGUGGAAAAUUGUAUGUAGAAUGGACAGCAGAUGCUGUUGCUUGAGCGUGUGUGAUAACCCAGCUCUCUCCCACUCCUUUGCAUGGCGAGUCUUGUUCUUGGGAAAGUAAUGUUGAUUCCGCUUUAGGAUAAUGGCAGGGAAAGUAAAGUGGGUAACUGACAUAGAAAAAUCUGUUCUAAUAAACAACUUUGAAAAAAGAGGAUGGAUUCAGGUGGCAGAAAAUGAAGACUGGAAUUUUUAUUGGAUGAGCGUCCAAACGAUCAGGAAUGUGUUCAGUGUGGAAACCGGUUACCGCCUCUCCGAUGACCAAAUUGUCAAUCAUUUCCCAAACCACUAUGAACUGACCAGAAAAGAUUUGAUGGUAAAGAACAUCAAGAGAUACAGAAAAGAACUCGAGAAAGAAGGAAGUCCUCUUGCAGAGAAGGAUGAAAAUGGGAAAUAUAUUUAUUUGGAUUUUGUUCCUGUGACUUUCAUGCUUCCUGCCGAUUAUAAUCUCUUUGUUGAAGAAUUCAGGAAGAAUCCCUCCAGCACGUGGAUUAUGAAACCUUGUGGCAAAGCUCAAGGAAAAGGAAUAUUUCUAAUUAAUAAACUCUCCCAAAUAAAGAAAUGGUCUCGAGACAGCAAAACAUCUUCGUUUGUGUCUCAGUCUUCCAAAGAAGCCUAUGUGAUUUCACUCUACAUCAACAAUCCUUUACUAAUUGGUGGAAAGAAAUUUGACCUUCGUCUCUAUGUUUUGGUGUCUACCUAUCGUCCACUGAGAUGUUACAUGUAUAAGCUUGGAUUUUGCCGGUUUUGCACAGUGAAAUACACACCAAGUACAAGUGAACUGGAUAACAUGUUUGUGCAUCUUACAAACGUUGCCAUUCAGAAACAUGGGGAUGACUACAACCAUAUCCAUGGGGGCAAGUGGACAGUGAGUAACUUACGCCUGUACCUGGAGAGCACCCGUGGAAAGGAAGUCACCAAUAAAUUAUUUGAUGAAAUCCACUGGAUAAUUGUGCAGUCCCUGAAGGCUGUUGCGCCUGUAAUGAAUAAUGAUAAACACUGCUUUGAGUGUUAUGGAUAUGACAUUAUCAUUGAUGACAAGCUUAAACCUUGGCUAAUUGAGGUUAAUGCUUCCCCUUCUCUUACUUCCAGCACCGCUAAUGAUCGCAUCUUGAAGUAUAAUCUUAUUAAUGACACACUUAACAUUGCUGUGCCUAAUGGGGAAAUUCCUGACUGCAAGUGGAAUAAAUCUCCACCAAAAGAGGUUCUGGGCAAUUAUGAAGUCUUAUACGAUGAGGAGAUGGCGCAGGGCGAUGGCACCGACCGCGACCUGCGGGGCCGUCCUGGGCAGUCGCCGGGGAUCAAAGGAAGCCGUGCAAGAGAAUCAGGAAAGCCUGUCCUGACCACCUGGAAGUGAUGACAGAAAAAACAGCUCCACUCUUGGUAGGAAGACAUCAAGAAUAACUUGAAGUUUUGGAACAGAUUCCUGUGUUUUGCUACAUUGCAUGUAGGAAAUACUAACAAAGACAAGACAGCCUUUGGAAAGUGAAACACUCAAAACCCAGGAACUGUACUAGACAUACACUGACCUGAUAAUUAUUACAGCACUACAUAUAGAGUGUGUAUGUAUCUACAGUUAGGUUUAUAUAAUUUGUAUGAACUGUUUCUCAGUAAUGAUCAAGAACUUUGUUUAUAAAGAUGGCAACUCAAAAGGCAUAUUCUGAAAGAAGCUCCUUGCUGUUCUGGGUAGUAUUUAUUUCCUCUAGCAGCCUAUCCCUUCCUGCCUAUAAUAAAUGAGCUGUGGAUUCUAUAAAAAGGUGAUGGUGGUAAGUAUUAAUAUUCUCACAGUGAUGGUCCAGAUUCUUGUAGUAAAAGAAGAGCAGCUAGAAAGAAUUAGCAGUAAAUGGACUUGAGGCUGUUGCCAGCUAAUGCAGCUAUCGAUUUAUAACCAGUAUUAAGAAAAUUGAAAAGCAAGUCUCUAUAUGCUGAGGGUUGGGGGCUUUUAUUUCCUUUUAGUGUUUUGAGCUACCAGCUCUUUAAAGGUGGGAAGUUUUUUGGACUAAGGGAGUGUUUCGGUGGUAUAUUGAUGGAUUGUUUCACUAGCCAUUAAUUUUUAUUUUGAGAUAGUGCAUGUCUGUGGAAAACAGACAAAACAACCAGAUACUGUGAUAAAUCUCAUUGCUUGAAGCUGAUGAUAAAGCUUUAUUUGCACCAAAA